CACCGAGGCCCAACCCCAUUCCGACUUCAACCUUCCUUCAGUGGAGAUGCUUCACGAACAGGGGCUCGCUCACUGCCGCUGACAAUGGUGCUCCAACCACCCGAUCCCGUCAUUGUGGCGCCGCAGUCCUCAUUAUCUUUCACGCAAGGCUUCCUCCUAGGCCAACUCUCUGUCGUCCUCCUUAUUGGCGCCUUCAUCAAAUUCUUCAUCUUUGGCGAGGCGCCGCCACCUCCGUCCCGCGGUCUGUCCAACCGUACAACCCACCGCCGCUACAGCUCCGUCUCUAGCCCCUCGCAGGAUGGCCAAAAGUCCCUCCGAGAAAAGCCGUCUACAUCAAACGUCCUUCGCCCUGUACCGGCUUCAUCUACAAAUACGCGCUCGAUCCUUCGCAAAACCUACUACAGCUCUAUUCCUACCAACCCCUCCUCCAAACAUGGCCGCCACCGCAUGCACCACUCCUCCCACCAGCCUGAAUCGCUGGAUUGGUUCAAUGUGCUGAUUGCACAGACGAUUGCGCAAUACCGACAGACGGCAUACUUGCUCAAAGAUUCGCCAACAUCCUCAAUUCUGAGCUCCCUGACCGCGGCGAUGAACAACCCCGAGAAGAAGCCGUCCUUUAUCGAGAAAAUCAAUGUCACGGAUAUCUCGCUUGGCGAGGAAUUCCCAAUCUUCAGCAACUGUCGAAUUAUCACGGUUGACGAUCCCAAUUCGGAUGGUGGAAGAUUGCAAGCAUUGUUGGACGUCGACUUGAGCGACGACAACCUCUCCAUCGCUGUAGAGACUCAACUGGUCUUGAAUUACCCUAAACCACGUUCGGCGAUUCUUCCCGUUGCAUUGUCUGUUUCGGUUGUGCGAUUUUCGGGAACCCUAUGUAUUUCGCUGAUCCCAGCAUCAACGGAGCCUCUUCAUACUCCUGCGACAUCGCCUACGCCCCCGGCAGAUGGAACCGCAAGGCCCAAUAGCGCCCCAGGUGCUUCAGAUACCGGCGCUGCGCAUGAUCAAACCUCAUCCAAGAGCAGUCCUAAAAGCAAUGUCGCGUUCUCGUUCCUCCCUGAUUAUCGACUCGAUCUCUCUGUGCGUUCACUUAUUGGGUCUCGCAGCAGAUUGCAGGAUGUUCCCAAGGUAGCUCAGCUCGUCGAGGCCCGGGUACAUGCCUGGUUCGAGGAACGUGUUGUCGAGCCACGAGUGCAGGUUGUCGGUCUUCCUGACCUGUGGCCACGCAUGGGCCGGACCGGCGUACGAACCGGCGAAGACUCCGAUGCAGGAUCCACUGCGCCGCCACGAAGUGCCGGCUCAGCAGAAGCUGGAGGGCCAAUGCGGUUCUCCGAUGAUCAUAUUCGCGAACAAGAGGGACUGCGCUUUCGUGGGGGGUUGGAUGCAAGAUUAGGACUUGGUGCGGGCUCGCGCAACAGCAGUUUCAAUGCGGAUAUGGGCGGCCUGCGGAGUUCAAGUAUGACCCGGCAAGACAGCGCCGGCGCUGCAAGCGAUCAGCUUGAGAUGCCUGGUGCUAUGCCAGGUGGGGUUCCCGUGGGCCGAAACUGAUGUGAUAGCCGUGUAUAAUACCUCCGUGCCUAUCUACAACUUCUGCAUUGUAGCCUGAAGCCUUCCUUCACCAACCCGAUGUAUACUUAUUCGAUACGAUGAAUCAUACAGAUCAGGAGAAGAGUUCCCCAACUUCUCAUUGUGUGUAUGUGCAGUAUCUACUCAUUUGUAUAAAGAUAAUUGGAAACCGAUGGAUUUGCAAAUCAAAUCCUGUCUCUGAUCCAUCGAAAGCCGUCAUUCCAUGCAGUCAUUAAACGUCGCAACACCCUAUCAAGAACCGACCAUACCGGAGCCACCUAGUUCACAGCAGUAGUGGGCUUCAGAACGGCCUCGACGUAGUUCUUGCGGUGCGGGUUCGCGUCAAGCUCAACGCCACGGUUGAGCGGCGUCCACUUGGGCUCAUCCUGGAAGAGGCGCAUAGCCUUGACGUACUAUGAAGCAUGGCAGGUUAGAUGAGAGGAAUCAAUCAUUAAUGACUCAGAAGGCACAUCACGCAUAUUCACAUACGUUCUGCUCAUUGGUGGUGAAGCGGUGGUAGAUGCCCGCGGGCAAGAUAAUCAAAUCAUCCUUAACGAGGUCGAUGCGGAUCCACUCGUCCUCCUGGCCCCGCACAUCAAAGUAGCCCUCGCCAUCGAGAAUAUAGCGGAUCUCCUCAUCCUCGUGAAGGUGCUCGGCGAAGAACAUCUUCACCUUGUCCUCGUAGACGUCGCCCAUAGCCUCCGGGGACACGCAGACCUGGUCACGGUUUUUGUAGCCGCGGUCCUUGGCAAUGGCGUCAACGGCGGCAAUGGUCGGGCAGUUGUGAUAGAUGACACCAAGCGACGCAAGCUUCUCUUCCGAGACGGCGCGGCCAGAGUCGUGCGGCUCGCGCUGGUCGCCCUGGCGCAAAGUAUACAUUAGCAUCACUAUGCCCAUUUGCCUCAUCGAAUGGCCCCUCAGUGGUCUCAGGGU